UACCCAAAACGUUAUUAUUUAAUAAUCACAUUGUAAUGUGCAUUAUAUUAUUAUGCGUUUCAUAACGGCGACGGGUGCGGGACGUGUGCCCGUCGAGGCCGCUGCCGACCGGACUUCGGGAUAGUGUGUGCUCCGACAACGCGUACGACCGGUCCGAUUGAGCCGAAGAAAUGACGGAACAACACCGCAACAACAUACGAAUAGCCGAGCCGCCGCGCCAUGCCAUCAUGGCACUGAAGUUCGUACUCGUGUACUUUGUCGUCGCCACCGUCUCUACUGAUCGUUUAUUGGACUUGACCGCGUCCAAGAUCGAGAUGAUGCCGAACAACACGAUCCAAUACUUGCAAUUUGAAAAUGUAUCAUUCAAUGUUACGGAUUUUACGAUCUGCACGUGGAUAAAAAUGUUGAAUUUUACACACACACAAACCAUAAUCCACCUCACAGGAAAYAAAAAAGAGUCGUUGUUGUUGUGGCGGAUGCACGUUCACCCCAAAGAAACCAUGAGARUGACGAUCAAAAACCGUCUGGUGGCCUCGGAAAGCAUGCAACUGACCAGAGGACAGUGGCACCACGUGUGCUUCCAGUGGAAAAGUUUGACCGGCGUUUGGGCGACGUUCGUCAACGCCAAAAUCCAUUCGGUUGGGCAAAUACCUAUCGUCGGCAAUGACACAAUCUCAUCGAAUGCGUGGAAUCUGCACGGAAGAGGCACAGGAACAGUUGGCGACGACAGCGCGCCCUGUCGGAACGGUUGGCAAGCAUAUGGAGUGUACUUGAGCGGCCYGGUURCGACAGCAGUGGACGCGGCCAAAGCGACCAAGGUGGCCAAGGCGACCGUCAAGCUGUCGACGAACGCGACCAUCACGUCCGCAAGGACAAAAAGUAACAGCAAGCGGCAAGCGGUGUUCGACUCGGACACGGACGACACGGCGUCUGGCGGCGCCGGCCAAUCCAAAUCAUUUCAGUGGUUAAGCAAGUCAUUCGCAUUCAUAAAACGCAUGUUCACGUUCGUCAUCAUACCGUUCUUCAAGUUCGUGCGGAACACGUUCUUCCAGACCCGUUCGUUGGACGAUACGGUGGUGGACGUGAGCGAAACGCACCUGAGCGAAGUCAAGUUUGAGCCACCGUCGUCCGUGGCCACAGCCACGGUGGCUGCCAGUGAGUCGACCUCAAGCGACGACAGUGAAAACAAUGUCAACCGCCGAUCAUCGCCGUCGUCCAAGCGGGAAACGGACGAUGACAGCCGUUGUGGUGACACGCGACUCAACGACGACCGUGUGACGGCGGCCGACCUAGUGGCCGCAGGGUCGGCGCCGACGGUGGCCGUUGACGACGCGCUCUCGCCAAACGCCAAGAGGUACUUGCGGAUGGUCAGCGACGGCCUGAACGACGUGGGCGUAAACGCGGCGUUCGUCAAGCGGGCGUUCGCGUGUUGCCGACGCGGCCCAUUCGAUCCGCGGGCCGACGUCGCGGUGAUCGACUGGGAUAGGACCGAGGCCCACGCGCACGACGUUAUCGUGUCGCCACACGUCUGCGGACGGUAUUGACCUGAUGCAGCUCUCGCCUCUUCCUUUUUCYACCCCGACCCCACCCUUAUACUUUUCGCCCUGUUUUCAUCGUCCCGGCGACGACGCGCCACGUCUGGUUAUAAUUAUAUUGUUUUUUUUUUAUUAUUAUUAUUGUCCCGUAUAUAGACUCUUUGAUCGUAUGUAUACGUAUAUGGCGUCCGAAAAUCU